AUGAGCAGCACUUUAAGGAGAACCCAGUCCCUGAAGAAUGUCUCAGAAAGCCAGCGGUCAUGGGCAUCGCCAGCGACACCCCUGUGGCAUACGAAAAAGUCUGUCUCCCAGCUCGUUCAACAAUAUCAAAGCUGUGCUGAACUGAGAACUGUAGGCAUAGAGGAAAAUGGACCAAAGCGCCAACUCAUCAGAGACGAGGCCCACACCACCAAGGCAGCUACUCCUCCGGCUACCCCGAAGCAGCUCCAGGGUCACCUGUGGGACGAGCCGGCGGGCUUCCGAGGCUGGACCACCCUGAGCCGCAGCCGCUCCAUGGAAAGCCUGCCCCAGCGGGCGCCGCCUCCGGUGGGCACCAAUGCUCUGCGGGCGCUGUUCGAGUCCAAGAAUGCCCUUCAACAGGAUUUCUCCAGCAGCCCACGGCUAAACAGCAAUGCUGCCAGCGCUCCCAGCACUCCUGUGAAGCGUACCCCUGUGACCCCGACUGCUACCCCGGCCAGAGAGCCGGCGUCCGCGCCGCUGGGUGAACCUAAACGCCCGAGCGGUGAAGUCACGCCAGCAAAGCGGGAGACGACGCGCCAGAGGGUGAACGCUGCUGAAUCAGCAAGGCCGGAGAGGAGGAAGACCGUCGCCGGCGUCCCAGGAUCUCUCGUCAAGGAAGCAGCCAGUCCAAGGGUUAAUCCAAACACGACGCAGGGAGCGCAGGCAUGCCAUCACCCGCAGAAAAACCCCUCUCAGGCAAACAGAAGCUCCGGUUUCACUGCCAAGGGCGGGAGGCCGCGGAGCAACCGAGACGGCAGGAUAAAGGAGAAGAACACAUUUGGACCUGAGCACCACCUCAUCCCCUGCCAAAGCACCAGACAGGACUACCGUUGCGUCAUCAUUGCUGAGACCCUCCCUGCCAUCCAUAAAGGACAGAUCUGCUCUCUACCUGUCAAAAGCAGCAGCUGCCACAGAAUCACCAGGAACUGCCACACAGCAAGGCUAUAA